CCAUCAAAAAGCAGCUCUCUUUUGACUGUUCUCACAUCACUCCUCUGACCUCUCUCCACCACCUUUUCCUCCCUUUGCCACCAACAACAAGAAAUUAGAGGUGGAAAAAUCGUCUACCAAGCAAUCGAGAGGCGCAUUGGAGACCCCUCGAUCUCUGAUCCCUAUCUGGAUCACUAGCGCAGUUCACAACGAGGAGAAGAAGCAGCAGCAGGCAGCGGUCGUCGAUCUGUGUCUCCGUGUGCGCGGUGAAUUGGGAGGAUGAUUCCGGGACCGGUUGUUGGUGUCGUAAAUGAACAACUUAAUUUUAAUAGUCUUGCUUAAGACAAAUUGAAAGGAGGGGAUUUCCUAUUGAAGUGGAUGACUUCAAUUAGUGUGGUGCCCUCGAUGGGGCUAAGAAACACCAGUGGAACAAUUGGUGCUGUGGACAGGUUGCCAGAUGAGAUGAAAGACAUGAAAAUAAGGGAUGACAAGGAAGCUGAAGAAACAGUGGUUGAUGGGAAUGGCACAGAAACUGGUCAUAUAAUUGUUACAACAAUUGGAGGUAGAAAUGGUCAGCCAAAACAGACCAUAAGCUAUAUGGCUGAGCGUGUUGUUGGACAUGGCUCAUUUGGUAUAGUAUUCCAGGCUAAAUGUCUUGAGACUGGUGAAACAGUAGCCAUAAAGAAGGUUCUGCAAGACAAGAGGUAUAAAAACCGUGAAUUGCAGACCAUGCGCUUUCUUGACCAUCCAAAUGUCAUUUCUAUGAAGCAUUGUUUUUUCUCAACUACUACGAAGGAUGACCUGUACCUGAACUUGGUACUUGAGUAUGUUCCAGAGACAGUUCAUCAUGUUAUCAAACACUACAACAAGAUGAACCAACGAAUGCCUCUAAUAUAUGUGAAACUAUACAUGUACCAGAUCUGUAGAGCGUUGGCCUAUAUUCAUGGCAGCAUUGGAGUAUGCCAUAGAGACAUAAAGCCCCAGAAUCUUCUGGUCAACCCACACACUCACCAGCUAAAAAUAUGUGACUUCGGGAGUGCAAAAGUCUUGGUAAAAGGAGAACCAAAUAUUUCAUAUAUAUGUUCCAGAUAUUAUAGGGCUCCUGAGCUUAUAUUUGGGGCUACUGAGUAUACUACGGCAAUCGACAUCUGGUCUGCUGGGUGUGUUCUUGCAGAACUUAUGCUAGGACAGCCUCUCUUUCCAGGAGAAAGCGGAGUUGACCAACUUGUUGAAAUAAUAAAGGUUCUAGGUACACCCACAAGGGAAGAAAUUAAAUGCAUGAACCCAAAUUACAAUGAAUUUAAAUUCCCACAGAUAAAGGUUCAUCCUUGGCACAAGAUAUUCCAUAAACAAAUGCCUCUUGAAGCUGUGGAUCUUGUCUCUAGGCUUUUGCAAUACUCCCCAAGCUUGCGAUGCUCUGCGUUGGAAGCAUUAAUUCAUCCAUUCUUUGAUGAGCUUCGAAAUCAAAGUACCCGCUUACCCAAUGGUCGCUUUUUGCCCCCUCUCUUUAAUUUCAAGCCUCAUGAGUUGAAGGGUGUGCCAACCGUGAUGGUCGCAAAGUUGAUUCCAGAGCAUGCAAGAAAGCAAUGUGUCGGUUUAGGAUCACAAGCUGGCUGAAAUAAAAAUGACCUGCGAAUAGCAGAUGCCCAUUUGCCCCAGGAAAGAUAUGCACUUGUUAUGAUUGGUGAACGAUGUACACAGUAUAAGUGAAUGCUGUUUCCUAUGGUAGUAGAAUCCUUGUCCCUUCAAGCAGAUAAAGAAGUCUCUGUUCAUCUUCCAAAGUCCUAGAAGAUCUUUGCCUAACAGCCGCACAAAGUCAAAUGUGUAACAUCUAUGCAUGUUUAAGAUUGCACUGAUCUGCUUGAACCAUGGAUCAGAAUGUUCUUUUCUGUUCUGCUUCAGUGUGAUUACCAUGUUGAUUUA